CCCCCUUUCCAUCUUCUUUCAGUGAUCGAGCAGCUUCCCAUGGAUCUCCGCGACAGGUUUACGGAAAUGAGAGAGAUGGACCUCCAGGUCCAAAACGCCACGGACCAGCUGGAGCAGAAGGUCAUGGACUUCUUCGUCAACGCCAAGAAGAACAAACCGGAGUGGCGAGAGGAGCAGAUGGAGGUCAUCAAGAAGGAUUAUUACAAAGCUCUGGAAGAUGCGGAUGAGAAAGUGCAACUGGCCAAUCAGAUUUACGAUCUGGUGGACCGGCACCUGCGCAAGCUGGACCAGGAGCUGGCCAAGUUCAAGAUGGAGCUGGAGGCCGACAACGCCGGCAUCACCGAGAUCCUGGAGAGACGCUCGCUGGAGAUGGACAGCCCGUCUCAGCCCGUCAACAACCAUCACGCCCACUCUCACCCCACCGCGGAGAAGAGAAGGUACAGCGCUUCGACGCACCACACGACGGAACACGUCCCGGAGAAGAAGUUCAAGUCCGAAGCUUUGCUCUCCACGCUGACGUCGGACGCCUGCAAGGAGAACGCGGCAGGUUGCCGUAGCAACAGCACCACGUCGUCGUCCGCCGCCAACAACAUCUACGGCGUCAACUCGUCGCAACCUCUGACCCCGUACGGCCUGAGCUCUCUGCCCGCCGGACCCGCCGCCGGAGCCGGCGCCAUCAGCAUGGCCGCCGCGCAGGCCGUGCAGGCCACCGCGCAGAUGAAGGAGGGUCGGCGGACGUCCAGCCUGAAGGCGAGCUACGAGGCCAUCAAGAACAACGACUUCCAGCUGAGCCGAGACUCAAAGUUGUCCCGCGAGGCGUCUCCGUAUCCGUAUCCGUCUUCGGCGCUGGCUUCCACCUUGACGCAGACGCUGGCCCCCGCCGUCGCCACCGCGGCCGCCGCCGCCGUCAACUCGGACUCUCGGGGCCGCAAGUCCAAAGGCGGCGUCAAGUCUUCCAACCAUCAGUCGUCGUCGUCGUCGUCUUCGUCUUCGCUCUCGUCGUGCUCGUCGUCGUCGGCGUUGGCGCAGGAGCUUUCCCAGCAGGCGUCGGCGCUGCCCGAGGCCGAGGCCAGCGGCCAAGUGGACUGGACCUACGACCCCAACGAGCCGCGCUACUGCAUCUGCAACCAGGUUUCGUACGGGGAGAUGGUGGGCUGCGACAACACCGAUUGUCCCAUCGAGUGGUUCCAUUAUGGCUGUGUGGGUCUGAGCGAGGCCCCCAAAGGGAAGUGGUACUGUCCGCAGUGCACGGCCGCCAUGAAACGACGCGGAAGCAGACACAAGUAGACGACGCCAUGAAACGGACCAGCCAGCAUGGAACGCCGCCAGCACUGCCGCCGCCGCUGCUUUGAACAAUAAACUCGAUGCUUAUUAUUUUUUUCAACGUC